CUCAACCUCUGCUCAUCUCAUCAAUGGCAACCAUCAACCUCACUGUUCCCUUCACUGCUCAACUCCAUACCCAACCCUUCACAGGACCUUCAAUCCCUAAUAACCCAAUUUCAUCAAGGUUUCGGAAACCGGCUCGAUCGUUGAAGCUCAAAUGUAUGGCAACGUCGAUCACGAGUAAACCGAUCGCAGAACCGACGACUUCUCCCAUCUGUGAUAGAUGGCGGAAGAUCCACGGCGAAGACAACUGGGCUGGCAUGAUCGACCCCAUGGAUCCACUCUUACGAACCGAGGUGAUCCGUUACGCCGAAUUCUCUCAAGCCUGUUAUGAUGGGUUCGAUAACGACCCAUUCUCGAAGUUUUGUGGAAGUUGUAAGUAUCCUCCCAAGUCGUUUUUCCAUGAUCUUGGAUUGGAUAACUGGGGAUACGAGAUCACGAGCUAUAUUUACUCGAGCAACACGAGUGAACUGAUUCCGAAAGUGUUUACGAAGGCCAUCCGGUCCGAUGGGCCGUGGAACCCCAAGGUGAACUGGAUGGGGUACGUGGCAGUUUCGAAAGAUGAAAGGGCGGCAAAAUUGGGGCGGCGAGACAUCGUGGUAGCAUGGCGAGGGACCGUCACCAAAUUGGAAUGGGUUAGUGAUCUCAUCAGCUUCUUGAAGCCGGUUACGGCCGAAAAUUUGUCGAGCCCAGAUCCAGCGAUCAAAGUCAUGGCCGGGUUCUUGCAUAUAUACACGGAUAAAGAUCAGAAAUGCCAGUUUUCGCAGUUCUCGGCGCGUGAACAAGUUUUGGGCGAACUAAAGAGACUAAUAAAGGUCUACAAGGAAAAAGGCGAGGAAAUAAGUAUCACGUUAACUGGUCACAGCUUGGGGAGCGCAGUGGCUACUUUAUGUGCGUAUGAUAUAGCGGAAUCCAAUCUCGAUAAACUCGACAACAACCGUAAAAUACAUGUUUCGGUGUUCUCAUUUUCUGGACCCAGACUUGGGAACACAAAGUUCAAAAAGAGACUCGAAGCUCUAGGAGUGAAGGUGUUGAGAACCUUCAACGUAAACGAUAAAGUACCUACCGUGCCCGGGAUUCUUUUCAACGAACAAAUAUUGACUUGGAUUCAACCUAUUGUCGAUUUCAUCAUAGGGUUGUACACGCACGUCGGGGUGACAUUUAGUUUGGAUAAUAAGUCCUCGCCCUUCGUGAAAGACAACAUAAGUUUGGCUUCGAUGCAUAACUUACAACUUCUAAUGCAUCUAGUAGACGGGUACCAAAGUACAGGGGCCAGAUUUUCGCCUGCCGUUGGAAGGGACAAAGCCUUAUUGAACAGGGAUGACGACAUUUUGGAGGACAAAUAUUUGAUACCACCAAAUUGGGGACAAAUCGAGAAUAAAGGGCUUCUUAAAAACGAAAAUGGGGAAUGGGAGUUACCAGAACAAGAGGAUCGUUUUACACCUGAGGGAAUUGAGCGUCAUCUUGAGAAACUAAGCCUAGAUUAGGCCCAACUUCUCAACAUUAAACUCUAUGUACAACCUUGGGAUACAUAUAAUGCCACCUUGCUUUAUGAGUUAUUGAACAAAAGGGUGCAUUUAUUUUCAUAUAGUUAAAUGUAUGUGUACAAAAACAUAAUACAUAAGCGUUCUUUAUAUUUAUGAUAGAAUUCUAACGUUCGAGAUUG